GUAUUUGGCUUAUGAUUUAUCGCGUGGAGAGGAGGAAGUGAGCCCUCAAAUAGUUGAUCGAAGUUUGCUCCGGCAUGUGGACAAUCCUUUCGAUUUGGAUGCAGGGGAGUUCCAGAAGUUAUUCCGUUUAACUCCAGACUUCACCGAGGGCGUAGUUUCGCAGCUUGACAGCCAUCUUAGAGGUUCAAGAAUAACAGCGAUUUCGACUGAAAAACAGGUCAAUUUGGUAACAUUCAAGCUAAUUCAGUUCUAAAUUCUGCCUUUAUACAACUAGGUUCUAGCUGCACUGCGAUUUUUUGCAACCGGGUGUUAUCAACGACCCGUAGGUGAGCAAUGGGGAAUAUCUAUGAGCCAGUCGUCCGUUAGCCGUAGCAUUCAUCGGGUAACAGCUGCAUUCAACAGCUCCAUGUUUUGCGCAAAGGUGAGAUUUCCCAUGACCCAAGUGGAGCGGCAAGCGGCAAAAGAAAUUUUUGCUUCAGCAAUCUCCCCGUUUGUGGGAGGUACCAUUGGAGCUAUCGAUUGCACGCACGUGUCAAUUUUGGCCCCGAAACGUCAUGAAGAAGCGUAUGUCAACCACCACGGCUACCAUUCGCUUAAUGUCCAAAUGAUAUGUGAUCCUACACUUAAAAUUUUAAACGUAAAUGCCAAAUUUCCGGGAGCACGGCACGAUUCAUAUAUUUGGAGUUCCUCUGCGGUGCGAAUGGUUAUGCAACGGAAUUUUGAAAUUGGAAACCAUAACUUGUUUUUGAUUGGUGAUUCCGGGUACCCUUUGGAGCCUUGGCUGAUGACUCCUCUAACAAACCAACCGGAAGGUACUCCGAAAUUCUUGUACAAUGAGGCAUUGUGCAAAGCUCGUAACCCAGUUGAGAGACUUUUUGGUGUUCUUAAGGCAACGUGGCGGUGCUUGUCUCAACAAAGGACACUCUUGUACGAUCCAGGAUUUACUGGACAAGUAGUUAACGCGUGCUCAGUUUUACAUAAUAUUCGUUUAAGAGAAGGAAUAUACCAGACCGAAAAUAAAUUCACAGAGCCCAGAACAAACGACAUUUUUGUAAACCAAGAUGCACCAUCCUCAACAGCAAAGCGCAUCCAAGACCGACUGAUUGCUAAUUUUUUUACUUAAAUACUAUUUUCACUCAUAAUCAUUCCGCAUACAUAUCUAUGUGAACACUCGGGUAUAAAAAGUUAAAACAUUUUCAUAUUUAUUGUAAAAACCUUUUAUUGAACAAAAUUACAUGCAGAUUCAAUAAAAACAAUUCAGUCUUUAACUUCAGUUUACAUACAGUUUUAGGUUACAGGCACAUAAAUCUAUUUAUGUAUAUAGGUAUGCAUAAGCGUAUGUACACAUGGUUUAUAAAUUCAAAGGUCAGUCUAUUUGUAAAAACGAAAACAAUACAUUCUAAUUCAUUUAAUUAAUGUUACUUAACAUUAGCACAGCUUGUUUACUUAUGUAAUUCAAAUAAAAAGUAACUUCAGGUACUAAAAUAAACAUUUGGUAUAUAUGCACAUAAAAAGGUAAUCAGGAACUGCGGAAUUGGUUUCUAAUCUACAUACGAUAUAUUGCAUUCGUUAGAUUGU